AUGGGUAACCAAAUGAGUGUUCCCCAAAGAGUCGAGGAUCAAGAGAACGACUCGGAAGCGGACACUCACAAGGUGGCAUCUGGCGACGAGUGUGAUCAAAAUGGGAUGCCGGUGAUGGUAUCCACCCACUCCGUUCAACUCUACCACGAAGUUGAUUUGGAAACAAGUGUCCAGGAGGAUAAUGUGGCCACUUCUUCCCCCAAGACAAUGGAGAUAAGCGCUGUUGCGGAUGCCAACGGGAAGAAUCUUGGGAAGGAGGCCAAACCCCAGACACCAGCUGCUAAAUCUCGUUUUUUCUUGACACUCUCUCGGCCUGUACCAGGACGUACCGGAGACCAAGCCACGGAUUCAUCCACUGGACCAGUGAAGCUUGAUGUCAGCUCCGAUAAAGCUCUAGGGAACAAAGACCCGAGUGAGCCCAUGGCACUUCCGGUGGCAGCUGCACUGGGUUGCGACCCAGAUAAAACCCCCGUGCAGACCCCAGCCCAAGCCGAGGGGCUGUCUGCCACUUGGGGACCAGAGUCUCGUCUAUCUGAGUCCGGAGGGGCAGCCCCCUCCAAGCCCAAGGACUCCAGCUUCUUUGACAGACUCUUCAAACUGGACAAGGGACGGGACAAGGCCCUCGUGGACCGCCAACAGGAAGCCAAGCGUGCAGAGCAUCACCACCCCACCGCCGAAACUCCUGGAUUCUCCACGCAGUCGGACGAUGUCCCUGCAGAGAGGGACAUAGCUGACGGCACGGUAAAAGAAGGACAGGAAAUCCCAACUGUGAGUUGCUCUGUCCCCGGGGUCCCUGAAGAACUGGAGAUUGCAAAGGAGGACCCCCAGACAGAGAAUAAUAAUUCCAUCAUGAGCUUCUUUAAAACUCUGGUUUCGCCUAACAAAGCUGAAACAAAAAAAGAUCUGGAAGACACGGGUGCCGAAAAGUCACCCGCCGUUUCAGCCGACCUCAAGUCAGACAAAGGCAAUGUUACGCCCCAGGAGCCCCAAGGGGCUGCCAAGAAUUCUACAUCCACUGAAACAGCAAAGGAAGGUGCCAAGGAAAAGGGGGGCCCCACCUCUCUGCCUCUGGGCAAACUGUUCUGGAAAAAGUCAGUUAAAGAGGAUUCAGUUCCCACAGGUGCAGAGGAGAAUGUGGUGUGUGAAUCACAGGUAGAGGCUGUAAAGUCCGAAGAAAGAGAAUCAGCCUUACAAACAGUGGAUCUCAGCGAAGGAGAUCGCACACCUGAACCCGCAGAAGAAACGCUCAGGAGAGCAGAACGCAAAGCACCGAGACCCUCCCUGAUGGCGCUUCUCAGACAGAUGUCAGUGAAAGGGGAUGGAGGGAUCACCCACUCAGAAGAAAUAAAUGGGAAAGACUCCAGCUACCAAACAUGGGAGUCCGCUGAGAAGGCGGUGGUGCCGCCGGAGUCCGAGCCGGCAGCCGCUGGCCAGAAGGGCAAAGAGGGCUCCUCCAAGGACAAGAAGGCGUCUGCCGAGACCGAGAAGCAGAAGAGCAGCAAGCAGGAAGCCAACGAGCCGGCCCCGCGCGUGGAGGCCCCGGCGGAGGCGAACUCGCUGCGGGACGGGGACAAGUCCCAGAAGAGGCCCGAGAAGCGGCGACCGCCCCUCGGGGGCUUCUUCAAGGGCCUGGGACCAAAGCAGAUGUUGGACGCUCAAGUGCAAACAGACCCCGUAUCCAUCGGACCAGUUGGCAAAUCCAAGUAA